AGAGAGAGAGAGAGAGAGAGAGAGAGAGGUAGAGCAAGGGUGAGCGAGUAACAGCCACACAGACGAGAGGGAGAGAGAGAGGAGCGGAGUUAAUGGAGAGGGCUACAACUGCGCACAAACACAGAUUUGAUCAGUGAGUUUAACUUGCUGGUGCUGGUCAGUGUGCACUGAAGCUACAAACAAGCCGUGCGCCCGUACAGACCUCCACUACUUGUUGAGCUGGGCUGAAACAUUGACAUUUUUUUUGUGAGAGAAAGAAGUUCAGGAACUCUGCGUUGGACUGGAUUCCAUUUUGGACGUAUUUAUAUGACAACAGCUGUGUUGCAUUUGUAAUGUCGGGUGAUCGGAAGCAAGCGCGGAACCUGUGGAUUUAACAAAAAAACCGGAUUUGGGACAGAUUAUUUCUUAUCUUGUGACUUGUACCGCUUUGCUUCGGCGUGCAUGAACAUUUACUAAAGCAAACAACAAAAGCAAUGGAAGUAAGUGCGGAUCAGCCACGAUGGAUGAGCCAUCAUCCCGCGGUGCUGAACGAGCAGCAUCCCGGCUCACAUCACCCGGGCCUCGGCCACUCAUACAUGGACCCUUCGCAGUAUCAGCUCGCUGACGAUGUGGAUGUACUCUUUAAUAUCGACGCACAGGGGAACCACGUCUCUCCAUACUAUGGAAACUCUGUCCGAGCCGUCCAGAGGUACCCUCCUCCUCCACACAGUAGCCAGGUGUGCCGUCCCUCAUUACUGCACGGCUCCCUGCCCUGGCUGGAGGGGAGCAAAGGCAUCGCCCCGCACCACAGCACUUCUCCCUGGAACCUCAGCCCCUUCCCCAAGAACCCCCUGCACCAUGGCUCCCCGGCCAGCCUGUCCGUCUACCCCUCGGCCUCCUCCUCCCUGUCCACCGGUCACUCCAGUCCGCACCUCUUCACGUUUCCCCCGACCCCACCGAAAGACGUAUCCCCGGACCCGGGCAUAUCCAACUCUGGCUCCGGGCGGCAGGAGGAUAAAGAGUGCAUAAAGUACCAGGUGACCCUGGGCGAGAGUAUGAAACUGGAAUCAGCUCACAGCCGGAGCGUGGCAUCGCUCGGAGCAGGGUCAUCUGCCCACCACCCCAUCGCCACAUACCCAUCCUAUGUCCCUGAAUACGGCCCAGGCCUCUUCCCGCCAAGUAGCCUGAUAGGUGGGUCAUCUUCUAGUUAUGGUUCCAAAACAAGACCAAAAUCAAGGUCCUGUUCAGAAGGUAGAGAGUGUGUGAACUGCGGGGCCACGUCAACUCCGCUGUGGAGGCGGGACGGUACGGGUCACUAUCUGUGUAACGCCUGCGGACUCUAUCACAAGAUGAACGGGCAGAAUCGCCCUCUCAUCAAACCCAAGCGGCGGCUGGUACGUCUCCACCACAUUUCUCUAUUGAUGACAUUUCCGUCUCUCUCUCUGUUUUUCCCCUAUCCAGGAAGAAGUAGGCCUAUUAGCUGCAGGAAAUUGACUCGACAAGUGCAGUCCGCAGCCAGGCGGGCGGGGACGUCGUGUGCAAACUGCCAGACGACAACGACGACGCUGUGGCGGAGAAACGCCAACGGGGACCCGGUGUGUAACGCCUGCGGCCUGUACUAUAAACUGCACAAUAUCAACCGACCUCUGACCAUGAAGAAGGAAGGCAUCCAGACCAGAAACCGGAAGAUGUCCAGCAAGUCCAAGAAGAGCAAAAAGUCCCAAGACGGCAUGGAUGACUUCUCCAAGAGCCUGAUGGACAAGAGCUCCUUCAGCCCGGCCGCCCUGUCCCGCCACAUGUCGUCCUUCCCACCCUUCUCGCACUCCGGCCACAUGCUGAGCACCCCCACACCCAUGCACCCAUCCUCGGGCCUCCCAUUCGCCCCCCACCACCCUUCCAGUAUGGUGUCAGCCAUGGGUUAGACCCUCCCUGUGCUGCACCACCCCUAAACCCUCGGCCUCGCCACCACCAUGUCCCCCGGUACCUCUGCUGACCUGCUUCCAUACCCUAAAAGACAGAUAAACUGCUCCUCUGCCCGACCCACGCUCCCCUGUCCCACCACCGAGCUGCGGGGCGAGAACGACAGGCUUUCGGCUCCUUUUCCUCAGUUGUAUCUUAUUUUUAUAAAAUCAAAGUGUACCUCUGCGAUGUGAAUGCUUUGCAGACUUGACUGUGGCGCACUGACCUCCAGGGGGAAGAUUUUGUUUUCCUCCAAGCAGGAAGAGAAAGAACAUUUUUCUCCCCAAGCUGCCGCUGCCGCCGCCGCCGCUGCCGCCGCCACCACAUAGAGGCUGUCCUCCCAGCUGAUCCACAUGAUAAGGAGCUCCAUUUGUGUACAAAAAGCCAUUUUUCCACACACGAACAUCACAAAAAAAACUUUUACAACGACCUCUCCAGAAAUUUCCAAACCCACCUCUCUUCACCUUGCACCUGUGUAACAGGAACCCCCGCUCCCUUCUUCUUCUUCUUCUUCUUCUUCUUCUUCUCUUCUUCUUCUUCUUCUAUUUCUUCUUCUUCUUCUUCUUCUUCUUCUUCUUCCU